CUUCCUUCAUACUCGUAUGGUUCUGAUUCAAUCCAACAGCCCUUUUUGGCCCUUUCUUUGUUACAAUGAAUAUACAUGACCUUAUUACGCCUUGUGCCAAUGCUAUAGAAACGCCGAAAUCAUCUAUUCCUGACGAUCAGUUGAUGGCAGUGUUUCAAAGGGUUCUCCACAACAGCGGAUUUCGACUGAAAUCCACGUUUGAGCGAACGUCCUUGACCGACGCGAUUCUGAGUCCUAUUCAUGGCGAUGCGGCCGCCCUACCCAACACUCCCAUUCACAUCAAAAUGAUUGGUCGUCAUAUGAAUGGCUCCUUCCGUUGCCAUAUCGGUACGGGAAAAGCCUCGCGACCUUUGCGAUCCGUCGAACUGUGCCGGCAAAUGCGGAUGCUGGUGGUAUUUUUUCGAACCGAUCGUACAAAGUGGAUUGCCCCUGAAUUCAUUUUUUUCCCUACGUGGAUCCUUCAUCUGUUUCGAUACACGCAACACGGUGCAAAUCCAGGACGCACGGAUGUCCGGUUCCUUGAAAACGCCAAUCUAGCCAAAGAAGAUCACAUUUACCGAUUAAACCAUGUCUUGAACACCCUAUUUCGGUUCAAUUUGCAUGAUUUUGAACAAGCAAAACUCAAAGCCGCCAUUCACCUGGCCCACUAUUUAUUCGACAACGCCGGCCUUGACCACGAUCAUUUACCUCCACCAACCUUGACCUUCUCUCUAUGCAAUCAGCCUACCAUUUACGCCACAUUGCUCUUGCUGUUACAUGCUCCAAGGCCGUCCAAACAAAAAGCACGCUGUCUCAACUGUAACAGCAAGCCCGCAUCGCGGAGAAAGCUGUGUGUUGCUUGCUACCGAUAUCAGUUGAAGCACAACGAACCACGACCUCUACGUCUUAUCAUCGCCAAUCGUCAAGGCACUAAUCUGUACACCAGUUCUUCUCUUCGUCAACAUUCCACGAAUGGUUCUUCUUCGUUAAUGUCGGAUUCUUAUUCCAUGGCGCAUGCCCGCGUCAUCGCCGUGACGGAUGCACGAAACACAAUGCAAAAAAGCUGUGCCAAUUGCGGCGUGCACGAAACUCAUCAGUGGUACCGCAAUCUGUGCGGCAGUGGGCACUGGUGCGAAACGUGCAAAAGCUAUUAUUUACGGCACAACAAGGCUCGUCCGGCUGAACUGUUUCUGAAAGCCGCCAAACGCAAGGUCGAUGUUCGGACACUUGUGACUAAGGCGGCGGGGCUUUGGAGCGACCAUCCAUUGUACUCCGGUCCACUUGGAUCGCCAGCAGGGUCCAUCCGAUCCCGUGAAGAAAGCGAAGCCUCUGCAGGGUCACCGUUGGCCAACUGUGCAACCAAUUCACACACUGUCAGCAGCGGUUGCCACAGCCCCAUUAGCAGUGUCGCUUCUGAAGAUUCCGAGCCCCUUCCACUCCUUCCGCCGAUCCUUUCCACCUUAUCGCACGAUGCACUCAAAGAUAUCCAUUACCGUCACCCAUCGAAUCCUCUUCAUUCCUUUUUCUAAACCGACCCAGGCAAACUUAUCUCGUGCAACCAUCAGCGCUUCAUAUGCCCUUUGAUUUUUUUUUUAAAUGCUUGCUUAUGGUAAUCUUUUUGUCAUCAUUUUGCUUUUUAUUUUCGAAUUUACUGCCAUGUUUGUUGUAACCUGUUUAUGCAACCCUUUCUCCAUCAUGUUGAUAUACUACUCUAUAAGGCUAAUCUUGUUAAACAUACCAUUCAAUCACAAGAAUAAAAAUGUCGUUGAAGUUGAG